AUGGGUAUUGGAUCUCUGAUUAGGUGGUUAAUGGAUAGUGAAAAUUUGAAUGAAACUGAAAACAAUGAAGAGGCAAUUGAAGAGGUCAUACUUGGAAAAGAGUUUAUGGAUGUUGAGAGUGCAUCUAAGUUCUAUAAGAAUUAUGGUGGCAAACAUGGAUUCAAUGUGAGGAUAAGAAACAGUAGAAAAAACAGUGAGAAUUUUGUGACAUGGGUACGUUAUUGUUGUUCAAAAGAAGGUUUUCAAGUAAAGGACAAGCGUCAUACAAAUGCAUCUUAUUCUCAACCAGUUACAAGAUGUGGUUGUCAAGUGCAUCUGACCAUGCUACUUCAGAAGAAUGGAAAUUUCCAGGUUGUCUCAUUUCAGAAAAGUCAUAAUCAUGCCUUGAUUAGUACUUCAAUGAAGCAUUUGCUUAAGGUCAAUAGAAGUAUAUCUGAGGCACAAAAAGCACAUGCAGAUGAUGCUGAACAUUCUGGUUUCUCCAUAAAAGCAACUGUGGAGUUGAUGAGUAGAGAAGUAGGAGGGCCAGAGAACCUUGGAUUUUCACAGAAGGAUUACAUGAAUUACAUACAUAGAAAGCGAAUGUCUAAAAUGGAAAAGGGAGAUGCAGGUGCUAUAAUGUAG